GCGCAGCAGUUGUUUAUGGAAACUGCCAGAUUAGAGUCACAUACAUUGGCUGUAUAUUACACAUUUAUUCCCAAUAGACGGGCUUUAUGCCACUCAGUUCGUGUACCGCAACGUUUCAGGCAACAAAGAAGACAGUUUGCUGCAGGAAAAUGUCUAAAAUAUCAAAGAAGAGAAAGCACAAGAAGUCGUCCUCAAGUGAAGAAGAUGAAAAGUCAUCCAAGGAACGAGAUACUAUGAAGAAUUACAAAAGUGGCAAGAAGAAGCAAUAUGUAAACAGUCAGGAGAGCGGUGCAGCAAAACAGGAAAAGUGUGCUUUGCCUACCGGUAAAGAUGUUUCCCAAAGCACCCGCCCCAUCAAAAGGCCUGUCUACAGAAUGUCAAAAACACAAUCAACAGACCAGAAACCUGCUUAUAAGCAAGAAGAACGUACAAAACCAAAACAUGAUAUUUCAAGUAAAGACAUUACUGUCAGUAGGUGUAAGACUGUGGAAAGGGAACCCUCCAAACCCUCGAAAAAUGCAAGUACAGUUCCUCAGAGGAGAGAGAAGACAUCUAAAGGCAGCACGGAUAAAAAGUCUACCCAGAGUAGCACAUCCAAAUUAAUGAAGCAGCAAAUGAGUCCCAGUUUGGUUUCUGCUGAACAGAAGGAACAGAGGCAGGAUGUACUGAAGAAGAAGUGCAGAGCUGAGGAACCACCAAGGACUGGAAAUGAAAGACACACUGUCACAACCAGAGAACCAAGCAAAGCCUCCUCUGUCUCUAAGGAUUCUUCAUGUGAGAAGAGAAGAGAACUGUUCAAGAAGAUGUGUCAAAGGCAUCAAGAAAAUAAGGCCAAAAGGAGCCCCUGUACAGAGGCAAAAACUCCCUCUGUCUCUACCUCAAAGAAUUCCUCCACUUCCUCCAAGCAGUCUACCUCAGUUAAUAGCUCAAAUGUGGUGAAAAAUGUCAGAACCAUCCCAGGGAAUGUCACAUCGAUGUCAUAUAAGACAGUCAAAUCAUCAUCUGCUGAGGUACAAAUAGGCUAUCAUCCAUCACUUCUGCCUAUUCGGUUUAAGAUAUCAAAAAAGGUUCAACCAAGACCAGUAGAUUGCACCCGUAACAAUAAUGGUGCAAGUGUUUCUAACAGAAAUCUCAAGCUUGGGACUGAGCCUUCAGACUCUGGGGCCUCGAGAAGCAAAGCCACGCAGGAAACUGUCCAAAGAGCUCCCUGCUGUUUGGAUGUUACACCUAGUUCUUCAUCUGAAGGGCAAGAUAAGAGGUCAUAUUCGUCAGGUCAACCCCCAUCUAUGUCUCAUACAGUCACCGAGCCGUGGUAUGACCAGAUGCAAGUGGUUGAAGAGCUUCAUCUUGCCCGCUCUGAGAAGCGAUUGGAGGUGAACGUAUUGCAAAGCUAUGGGGAACUCACGUGUAUGGACAUAGACCCUCCAGAAGAGGGAGCUGCAGACACACACUGUAAACAACCUCCGCAGCAAGACCUGAUCCUUGUUUUGGACACCAACAUUCUCCUCAGUCACCUGGAUUAUGUGGAAAAGAUCAAAUCUCUCAGUCUUGGAGCCCUGGGCGUCCCUAUAGUCCUGAUCCCCUGGGUGGUGCUUCAGGAGCUGGAUUCCCUAAAAAGGGGGAAAGGCAUGUCAGGUUCUGUGGCGCACCUGGCAACUCCUGCCAUCUCGUACAUUUACAACUCUUUGAAGAAUCGGGAACCUCACCUGUGGGGGCAGUCUAUGCAGCAGGCCUCUGAGAGCAGCAAUGGUCUGAAUGCUGAGAAUAAUGAUGACAGGGUGCUGCAGUGCUGCCUGCAAUACCAGAGUCUGUACCCAGAGUGUGCUCUCAUUCUAUGCACUAAUGAUAAGAACCUAUGCAGUAAGGCCCUUCUGAGUGGAGUGAAGGCCCUCAGUAAAAAUGAUUUGGAGGCAGAGAUCGGAAAGUCCAGACGUGGCUUUCAUCCGCCGCGAAACAUUAAGAGUCCCAUGCUGCCCCACGUCAGCCCUCACCUCUCAUCACCAAUGCAGAGCAGGAGCUAUACACCAGCCCAGCCACACAGUCAAGAGAGAACAGGCCUUUCUGUGGAAGAGAAAGUUAACAAGCGACUGAGCACAAAUGAGGACGAAGAGAAGACAAAAUGGAACCCCAGCAGUGUUUCUGAACUAGAGGACUGCCUGCGAGACGUGUUGUCCGAUGUGUUAGAGGUGGAGAUGAAGGCCGCUUAUGAAGACCUCUGGCUAGAGAUAGUUUACAUAAAACCACCCUGGACUCUUAAAGAUGUCUUGCAGUGUUUAAAAAAGCACUGGAUUGCUGUUUUUGGGCAAGUUGUCCCACGGAGGAAGCUGCAAAAUGUUUUAAACCUCAUCGAAUUCUUCAACUCAGGUGAAACAGCAAACCGUAGCUCUACCUCAGCAGCCCUCCAAGAAGCUAAGGAGCUUGUGAAAGUGUUCCUGAAAAGCUCAAGACUUGUUCCCAAUGCCAUCUCCAUAAUGGACAACAUUUACAACAAGCUACACCCGCAGUCAGAACCUCCACCCUGUGAUGUUGUCAUGAAUGAUAAUGAUGAAGAGAAACAACCCACGUCUGCUCAGGUCUCUCACCAGGAAGUGUGGGCCCUGUUUGAGAACAUCUGGUCCUGUGUGUUUCAAAUAAGCUUGGAAGUGUUCAAAGCUCUGGGCUUUGACCCUCACACCAUGCAGAGACCUCAGCCGGCGGGAGGUCCUCCGCCACCACAGGACGCCUUGGUCUGUUUGCACAAACUCUCCUCCACGGUCUCACAGCUGCUCCAAGCCUUCAGCAGAGUCUUGUCAUCAGCCCCUGGUUUAGAGGAAGUUCAGGCACUACUCGGCAUCAUCCUCUCUAAUAAGAUUGUUGAAAUGGAUUCCAGAUUGACAGCCAAAGACCUCCUUGAUUGUUUCUCACAGCAAGACUACAAGGAGAAGCUGAGAGUUGGAGGGAACCAGUUAAUGGGGCUUAAAGAGGCCCUGGAUUGUUGUGUUGGGACCACGGGUCAACACAUUAACUUUACCACAGCACCGCCCUGACUGGAUCAGAAUCUGGGAGUCUGCAGCCAAACAGACACACUGAAUAAACUGAUAUCUUUUACUUGAAGUAAAGACUGUUAUUUAAAAGGGAUGUCUGAUUAUAAUGUACCUCUGGUGACUGGAACAGUUUACCUUUUUUCAAUUAUUGGAUAAAAACACACAUUGUUGUUCUGUUUGCCUAAAUGAAUGGAUCUCUCUGGAUGUUCUCCAUCAUUGUAAGGGGCAACACAUUUGUUAAACUGACCGUUUUUAGUUAAAUCAGUGCUUGCUUUCAUUAUUAUUAGAAUUAUUAUUUAAACAAUUAUAUUUGCUUUUGACACAUAGUUUUUUACAUAGUGUGCAAAUAGAAUAAGAUAUAUAUUUAUAUUGACAUUGAAUGAAUGAAGGUUCACCUCUCGGCCCAAUGUUCCUAUUAUUGAUGAUUAUUCAACUUCAGCGUAAGCUUCUGUUCACUGGGCUUAAAGGAAUAAUUUCAUGCUGACAGGUAGACAAGAAGAAAAAUAUACCACCUACAUGUCAGUCCAUUACAUAUUUAGGUGGAGUUAGGAGGUGAUUAGCUUAGCUUAGCAUAAAGACUGGAAGCAGGGGCUAACAGCUAACCUGAAUCUUUCCAAAGGUAACAAAAUCCACUAACCAGCUCACGUCUUAACACGAUACAAAUCUCUUUUGUUUUUUUCCAUACACUAUAUAUAUAAUAUAUAACUUUGUUUUAUGGUGCCAGGCAAGCUGUUUACCCGUUUUCAGUCGUUAUACUAAACUAAGUUAAGCUAACUGUCCCGUAUUUAGCUCACAGACAUGAUAGAAGCAUAUAUGCUCUCAUCUAACUCAGCAAGAAAGUCAGUAAGUUUAUUUUCUAAAAUGUUGAACUGUUCUUUUAAAGACUGACAGAUUGUCGCAUUGGACUGUCCAACAGAAACUGACACGAAUGACUAUUAUUUUUUUACUAAAGCUAUUGGUGAGGUUGUCACACAUAAUCACAAAUGAUUAAGAACAAGGCUUAAAUAUAGACUAGAUUGAAAACCAGUGAGUUUUCAGCUUUUCCUAUUUUUGGUUGAUUUUUAAAUACAAAUGUAAAUAAUUUGAGAACACAAAAUAUAUUUUAUGUAAAAGAGUUAAAUGUUUAC